AGCAUAGUUAUAGCUGUGUGCGGCCGGCGUACCGCCAAAGCUACCUACGACCCGAGUGAAAGUAAUAUUGGCUGGGUACCGCCGACCAAAACUCCGGUGGUCAGUACUGUCUGUCGUACCGCGCGAUCUAUCCGAGUUGCACGCGACGCUUCGACCUAACCCGCCACCAUCAGAGCGGUGUGCCGCGACUGGAGUUCUCUAAGGGAGUGCGCAUCAUGAAGAGUGGUACCUUUGAAAGGUGGUAUCUGCUCUUGGUGUUGACCGCGGCAGUGGACUGUUUGAAGGGUGGUACCAAGGGUGGAGGGUCCAGAUUGCCCAGGACCAGUGCGGGGCAGCUAGCGGCCGCGGCGGCUGCCCAAAACAAGACUGUUCAUGAGCUGAGAAAUGCUAAAAAUGCUACGCUUACCAGUACUGUUGGACCUCCUCCUGGUCGCAGAUCUAGCAGCAGAGAAAGGUAG